AUGGUGGUUGGUACGGCCACACGUGUUGUUUUACGCCCGCUGUUCGCGUCGCGAACCCUGCAACGGGCAUUUUCGGUGAAGGCCAUCUAUUCGUCGUUCCCCGCGACUCUGCUCCACUACAGCCCGCGUAAUAAAAUUGACUUAUACGAUGAACAAGAGGCGAACAAUCAGCCAGACGAUACCUUCGACAAUAAGGUUGUAUUGAAGGACGGUCUAGUCUACCCAAGCGCUUCCCUAGAUUCUCCUGUAUCCAAUGGCGCUGUUAUGUAUCCAAACACCUUCAUGAUGCAGGAGUUUCUUCGUCAGGACUACGAUGACUAUCUCGAUCGCAAAGCCGCGAGGACGCCAGUACCUAGUCAUCUUGUCCUGAUCAAUGACUACGUCUCACGGUUCUCUCUUCAGCCGACUCGUGGCAUGACACUGCAAGCUCUAAACACAGCGCUUAAUGAGUUUUUCAGAAAGCACGCCCAGAUAGAAACGGCAGACACGUGGUUCAAAAACCACCCAUAUCACCUGGCUAAGGAUGAUGCCGAAGACGCUGAAUGGAUGGCUGAGUAA